AUGAAAAGCAUAAAAGAGUUUUAUCUAUUGAAAACAAAACAAAGAAAGAUCGACUGGGCAUUUCAGUUAUGCCGUGUGCAAAUAUCAUUCUUUAUUAAUGAUGAUGAAACCAUACUGGAUUGCGAUGUUUUGCAAGCAUCAGUGUUGCUCUUGUUUAAUGAUUCUCAUGAUGGUAGUUUGGAAAUUGCGCAUGUGCAAGAAAAACUAGCGGUUGAUCAUUCUACACUUGUUGAUAUUUUGCAGCCAAUGAUACAGCCAAACUCAAUUUUGAAAUUUUAUAAAUUAUUUGGUAAAGAACUAAUAGAAGUUAACUCAAAUUUUGUUGGCUAUAGCGAUUUUACACGUUCGGUAUACAAGCCAACUGAAUCAACUUAUAAAAAUAGAGGUGAAGACAUCAAAGACUUUGGAAAAAUAGAUGCAAUAAUCGUUAAAAUAAUGAAAAACACCAAAGAAAUGAAAAGUAUUGAUCUUAUAGACGAAGCAUCUAAACGAUCGAACACUGAUAUAGAGGUAGAUUUAUAUGCAUAA